AUGGGCCGGCUGCUUCGGGCAACGACGGUGGUGUCGUCGCUGUGUUCCUCCUCUUCAUUGUGCCGAUCGCCGGGGGAAAAGUCACCGUGCGCUGUGGUGGAUGUCCUUUUGCUUGGCAACCAACGCAUUUACUUCGUUCUGCAUGGCGAAGUUGAUGCGCCGGUGAAGGGCACCUCGGAGCAGCUCUGCUGCAUUUCAUUCCCAGAGUUGCAGUCCUGCAGCAAUAAUAAUACUAAUGAUGAUGAUGAUGAUGAUGAUGAUCGCAGCAAGGAGGAGGCGCGCGACUUUCCACUCGUUGCAGAGUUUCAGCGUGCCGCCGAGGAGUCGAUGAAGCAUGACGAUGCCGACCUGUUGCAGGACAGGUGCCCCUCGUGCCGAGAGAUGCGUGGUGGCAUCAGCGCUGUCGCGACGCUGGUGACGCAGGGAACGCAUGUGGUACUGUUCUUUGUCCUGCAAUGCGAUUGUGUCGUGUUCGCAUCCUUCCUGCUAGACGUAUUCGGCACCCAAGUCAACAAUAAUAGCCACAAUGGCAGCAGCAGCAACAACACCAAAUAUAGAAAUGUUGGGGAGGCCCGUUUGUUGGCGGUGCGGUGGUGUUCCAUUGGGAAAAGAGGGGUGAGCGUCUACCGCACCUCGCUUCAGCAGUUGACUGUGCCCUUGAGCGUCAUCUUGGAGCGCAGCAACAUCAACACGACUCCUGUUCCACCCCUUUCAUCCUCACAACAUCCAUCGCCACCAAGUCGGCGUCUCAAUAAAAACGCUUCUCCACGUCUUUUCCAGAGCACGUCCCAGAUGCUCGUUCUGCGUAUCGCCUUUGUGCGUGUGGUGGGAUGUGUGGAGUAUGUGGAUGUGACGUGGCAGGCAAUAGAGGGAGACGCACCAUCGCCGUGGCGGACACUGCGCGGGUUUCGCCAAAUGACACUUGGGGCGUUGCAGCUAGACACAUAUGGUGGUGGGAGUGCGGUACAAGGGGAGGUGCGGGCCUUGCAUUGGAUGCCGUUCUCGCGUGACUACCAACAGCAGUACCCACUACUUGCUGUUCUGCACCAACACACACUUGCAGCGGGAGAUCCUUUCAUGGAUCGUCUCUCUGUCUGCAUGCUUUCUACGCGGCGGCAACGGAGAAAGCCGUCUGAUGACACUAGCAAGGACAAUGUGUGGGCCGGCGUGCAAGAGACACUUUGCGGAUCGUGCACAGAUGGCCCAUGGUGCCUGGAGGCGCUUACCCUCGCCCAUCCCUCGUUCCUGCUCCACGUUACACUCCAGGGCGGGGGUCUCGGGGGGGAUGGAGCAGACGUCUUGGGCGUAUUUCUCCGCCCCGCUCAUGUCGCCUACCCGAUGAGUGCGCUUCUGCGCGAGAGAGGUGUGUACGAUACAUGGGCGGCUUCCGCUGCAACGCCGCUGGCGCAUCAGGACAAGGCGCAGGACUUUUGCUUUGCACUCUACACGGAGAGCUGUGAGGUGACGCGUUGCCACAUUGGGAGCUUCGUUGAAAGCGCCACAAGUUGUGUGGUGUGGCCUGAAGAGACGCGGCGCUUGAGUAGUUCUGCGAGAGGUCGGGACCGCGUUGUCGCUGUGAUAAUGACGAUGCAGAGUGGCGGUAAUGUCCUCCUCAUGGAAGUGCACGCUGCUGCUGCUGCUGCUGCCACGUCUGCUAUACGUGGCUUCGAGGAAAACCUUAACGGCGCUGCACCGUUAUUAGGCCUUGUUGUGGUGAAGGUUCGGGAUGUGUCGUUGCUGGGCCCGGCGGUGCCGCGUCCCUUGCCACACCUGCGCCGCUUUGUUAGUCUGCAGUGGGAUGGGUCGAGGGGGGUGGCGCUGUUCUUAGCCGCACAGGAAGAGGAGGAGACAAGGCGUCUGCAAUGCAGUUUGCUGGCGGCGGAGUUGCGCCUCCAAGGAGGAGGAGCGCUGCAGCUCGUGUGGGGUUGUAGCAGUAAAGGCUCCACUGUGGAGAGUCAACGAGGCGGCAUGAUGGGCACAUUUCCCCCACGUAUUGGUCUGUCGGCGUUAACGCAUCCAGCAAGUAUGCUUGACGUGGAGUAUAACGUUGGGAGCGUCCAGCACGCACAACUGCAGGUGUUGUGCCGAUGCACCGCACCCCGUGACGGGGCGGAUGAUUCUGCACCGCAGCAACAGCAGGAAGAAGAGAUUGUUUUAUUCCGUUCUGGCGACAUAUGCCGUAUUCACCAAAAAUCCCCCAGCACAAUGCACGGGAAAUGUGUAAGUUCCUGCAGCCACAUCUCGCGUGUGCAGUGGCCCUCGGCAAAGGACACGGAGACAGUGGCUGCACUAACGCUUCUCUUCUCAUCGGGGUCGGCUAACAUUUGCAUGGCGGCCUUCUACACGAAUAAGGGAGGGUGCGUGGCGGCGGGGACCCAAUCCCUCGGUGGGACGACAGAUGCACAUGAACCCCAUCUGCUCCUUGUCUGUCGGACGACGGCGGUUGUCAUGACGGCAGCAGGCCGUGUGAUUUGUGUGAGCGACUUACAGCCUCCCCGUGGAGCCGCGGCUGAUGAUGCUCUGGGCCGUUCGGCCACCGAUGGGACACGGCGCAGUGCGAGCGACGUCUGCUCACUCCUCGUCUGCACGCUUCGCCCCUUUGCAACUUACGGGCGGAACUGUUGGUUUGUGCUCUCGGGAACUGCACUGUCACUGUCACUGUCGCCAACAACAGGUGACUUUCGUGAGAGUUUAUUUCUACUUCUCCGUGUGUCGUGGGCUGCGGGGGAAAAGGGGGGUACCGCGCCGUUGGCAAGCGUUUGUGUGACAGACAUACUUAGCGCCAACACAACCGUCCACCCACUUUUUGACUUUCUCUCAGAAAUGUGUCUCAAUAGCUGCACAACGGCAGCAGCGGAUGGGACGGUGCUGUGUUCUCGGGAGAUGCUGUACUGUGCGGAUACGGUCCUGCGCAGCGUGCCGUGCGCCCUUGUGGUCCGCCUGGCAGCGGGGAACAGGACGGUCGAGGGGCGUUUUGGUGAAGUGCCCUGCAGUAGCGGUAGCGGCAGAAAGAUCAAUGAUCGUACUGUUCUUGACCUGCGAAACAUCGCUGUGGGGAAUGCACAGUCGGCGAAGCGGCUGCCUGCGGAACCCACUUUGCUGCGGUGCGUGUGUGACUCGAACGGCCCCCAUGCGACACCUUCGGAAGUGGUGGUGCUCUCUUUUAUUGGGGGUGCCACGUUGGCUGCUGUUGUUGACAGCGGUGCCGCAACGUGCCAAUUGUGGGAGCCGCGGACGUCGAGGACAGUGCGCGGCCUAGCGGGUGACACAGCAGUGCCGUUUGUGCACCUUGUGACACCCCCUGGUGCAAUUAACAGCAGCAGCAGCAGUGGCGGUGGUCAUCCUCUCUGUUGGCUGCAGGGCGCAGAUGGGCAAUGGUGGUCUCUUGCGUACCGCAACGCUGGUGAUGCAAGGAGCCUUCCAUGCGAUGCCAAGCCGAGUGCUGUGCAGUGCACAGGCAACCCGCAGACAACCACAGGGCGCUCUCUUGCCACACCACCCGUGGGAGAGAGGGGCGCUGGUGGUGAUGAUGUGGCUACUGUACGUGUGACGAAUGAUCUGUUUACGCUGGAGCCGUGUAAAUAG